AUGGGUCACCUACUGUCUCGAGAGUCUGACGUUAGCAAAGAAGACAAGUCGAAGAGAAAAGAAGAGGAGUCUGUUUUGAGUUGGCUUCGAUUCAAUCUCAAGUGUCGUUCAACAACGGUGAAAGGAGAAACUUUGGACUUCUUUGUUGGGUCUAGGGCGGUAGAUAGGCUACUAGAGUCGCCGUGGACGAACAAGAGUGUCUCUGCUUCUCGACAUAGACCACACUUUCCUCAGAGAAGUGCUGCAGUUAAAUUCUUGAAGAGGAAAUUGGAUGAAGGAUAUUUCUAUCGUGGACUAAAAGUUGAGAAGAAAGGUAAAGGUGCAGUGGAGGAACCAGAGGAGAAGUCGGUGAAACAACGGAAAGGAGGAAAGAAAGAGACAGAAAAGCAGGAGGAGAAAGAGACAAAAAGGAAAGGCAACAGAAAUGAAGACAAGGAGGUCGAUGUACCAAAGUCAAAACGGAAAUACACACUUGAAAUUCAUUCUGAACAAGAAUUCAUCGAUGACUAUGAUGUGUAUGUGUGGAAGUACAAUCCUACAACUUCUCGGACAUACAUCAUCGGUGUUGUGCUAGUUGUUGGUGGUCUUGCUGUGUCUUUAUUUCCUGUGUGGCCAUCUCAAGGACGAUUUAUUGUUUGGUAUCUCUCAAUGGCUGGACUUGGAGUUCUAGGACUCUUCUUUUCAACUGUUCUAUUGCAGCACAUCCUAUUUUGGUGUGUUUGGUUGUUCACUCAUGGGACUCAUCAUUUUUGGAUCUUUCCCAACUUGACAGAAGAUGUUGGUGUUUUGGAGUCUUUUAAGCCAGUGUAUAGCUUUGAGUAUAAAGGAGAUGAUGAUGAUGAUAACGAAGAAAAUGAAGAUGGCGACGAAAAGGCACACAGUCAGGAGGAAGAUGAGAUGGAUGGGAAGGAUGAAGAGACAGAACAGGUUGAUAUAUACGGAAAAAAGUUGGAUGAUCAUGAAAAUGACAGAAAUACGAGUGAACAAAGCCAGAUUAGCAGUGCAGAAGACCACGAAUAUAGAACCGAAGAUACGACUGAUCAGUAGUCUCUAUACUUUUCUAUACAUUAGUUAUUUGUUAUUUAUCCCAGCUUUGGGAAAGCGUUGUUAUGUUGAACUCAGUGCACUGCUUUAUGGAUAGCUGGAUUGGACAUGAAAGUGCUCUUGAACUAACUAAGUUUGUGACUGCA